AUGGUCCCCAGGGGACCCCCCCUCAUGUUCCUGCUGCCCCUUAUCCUGCUGACUGUCGGCCCGGCCCAGCUCAGCGAAGGAGCCAGCUACCAGCAGUUUGCGAGACAACACGUCGACAACCCCAAGACCAGCGCCCGCAAUGACCGGAUCUACUGUGAUCUCAUGAUGCAGCGCCGGGGCCUGACCCGCUCUGCCUGCAAACCCACCAACACCUUCAUUGAGGCCCCCAUAAACCAGCUCCAAGACAUCUGUAAAUAUGCAGGGACACCCAUUGGUGGUAAUCUCUACGACAGCCACAGAUCUUUUGACAUCACCGUGUGCCAGGUUUUGCCUGGCUCCUACCCAGGGAACUGCAAAUACCGGGCUGCAAUUGGCAACACAAGGAUCCGCGUGGGCUGUGAAGAUCGGCUGCCCGUGCACUUAGAGCCAACGUACCUGCCCUAA